GCGCCAGUAAGUUGCGCUGAUGGUGCUGCUGGGCAAGCGCUCUCUUCAGCGCCUGGUGGCGGAGCGCAACAUCCGCUCGAUCCUCUUCCACCUCACACCUGCGACAGCGGAGAGGGCGUUCCUGCGAGAACCGGGCGUGGAAAAUGCGGUUCAAGCGCUCAAGACGCAUGGCUACCGUCUAGGAUUCAUCGGUGACGCCAGGACGAGCUACGCCAGCGCGCUUAGUGCAUUCCACAUCGUUCACGACGGCAAGAUGAAGAACGGUGUAUCAGUGUACGAGAUAGCUUCGAAGGAGCUGAAGGUGCCACUUAAUAGGACACUGCUUGUGACAGAAGCGACGCUGUCGGAAGGCUCGGCCAGCGGCGCAAUUUCAGUUGCAUUGCCAGAGCAGUCGGAGGGCGAUAAACCACAGCCACUUCUCGCACAGUUUGCAACAGAAUUGCUGAACUUCGACCAGUGCCUUGACCCCGCUGGCCGGUGCUUCGGUCCUUUCCGCGUGUUGUUCUCUCAAGUAUUUUACGAAUCCGCGCUCUCGUUUGCUCUGGUGAAUCUCAAACCGAUUGUGCCAGGUCAUAUGCUUGUUGUGCCGAAGCGGCCGGUUGCUCGCUUCGAGAUGCUUGAUGUAGACGAAGUGAGCGAUCUGUGGACCGCUGCUCAACUUGUGGGCAAGCAAGUGGAGCGGUAUUACGGCGCAUCUUCCCUGACAUUCGCGAUCCAGGACGGUAAGGAGGCAGGCCAAACGGUCAAGCACGUACAUAUCCACGUGAUCCCACGCACCGCUCACGACUUUGAGCGCAACGAUGACAUCUACACGGAGAUCGAAAAGCACGAGCAUGCUCUGCAAGUCGACAACGAGACGCGAACAGCUCGCUCCGAAUCGGACAUGGCCAUCGAAGCUGCACAGCUUCGCCCACACUUCUCGUAA